AUGAAUGAAGAGCUGAAAAUUAUCAAAUCAAACAAAAAAAACGAAAAACUAUGCUACAAUGGUUAUAUGUACGUUAUUCAUCACAAGCUGAAAUCUUGUCUUCGAUGGCGAUGCUCGAAAUACGGAUCCUUCAACUGCCGAGCAGUGUUAAAAACUGAUCUCGAAAAAAAAAAUCCAAAAAUUGUUGUUAAAUAUAUAUACGCAAUGGAUAGCACAGAAGUAAAUGUGACGAUAAGUGUGGGAGAAAUGAAGGCAAAAGCGGCUACAAGUAGAGUAAAUCCUUUACAAUUGUACGCAGAAGGAAUAUUACAGUUGGAUUACAAUGCAAGAGCACGUUUGCCUUCUGAAGAUACCGUAAAACGCACUCUUCGUAAUCAACGGUCCAAUAAAUAUCAAAAAUGUCCUACGUCACUGGAUGAAUUAAUAAUUGAAGGCGAAUUUUGUACAAUCGGAGAGCCUGACGGUCAUCGAUUCUUACUUCAUGAUACUGGUACUGAUUCUGAUGAAAGAAUAAUAAUAUUUUCCACUGAUGCUUGUCUUCAACGUUUAACUGAAGUUGAUACAUGGUAUAUGGAUGGAAAUUUCGCCUCCGCUUUUCCAACAGCUAUACGUUAUUAG